AUGUGGCAUGAAUCCACUCAUCAAGAUAUCGAAUAUGCUCUACGAGAUGAAAACUCUUACGCACUUGGAGCUGACCGGUUGCAACAUCAAUUGACAAACUCAACGAUGGUCGCGCCAUUCAAGGAUCUCGACAGCACUGAUUCCAUCAUCCGGUAUCUCCGUCAACAAAUGACGGCGUCAUUCUACAGUCCGCGUGGCAAACUCGUGGUGAUCUCCGAUCCCAGUAUAACCUCAAAGAAUGAGAUCAUCCGUACAAUCACAGCAAGCAAUAACAAGCAGCGACGAAAGGCAGUCGAGCAACAAAAGAAAGUUCCCAAGUGGGAGAUUGAGUUGACCGACUCGGAACCGACCACUCCCGGCGGUGGUUCCAGCUCGAUCACCCAGCGCAAACGCAACAUGAAACGUGACAUCCACGCCAUCGGUGAGAUGUGCGGUCUCGAUAAGAUCGGUACGAAAAACGCAUGUGAUCUACUCACUGAAUUUGGACUACUCCUUUGGCUUGAUGAUUAUGAAUGGGUCGUCCUCGAUCCAAUUUGGUUAACAACAGCAUUCAGUUCUCUAUUAACAGUUAAAACAAGUAAUAAUAAUAAUAAUAAUAAUAACAAUAACAACAAUAAUAACAACAGUUCCAGUUCUUCAACUUCAUCGAAGCGUGAAAUUAUUUUGAUGAGUGGAUUGGAAACUAUUUGGAAUGAUAUUCCCAAUAGGCUAUAUCCAUUCCUUCUAACACUUGCCAAACGUUACAAUGUUGCUUUCAUCAUUGAUACACUCUAUGAUCCAUCUACCUGGGGAUACACCUAUGUCAGUCCACUGCAAUCGAUGAACAGCGGUUCUUCGCUGUCCAACUCACAACUCCGCUCGCUAACUUCCUCGGGAAGAGGUUCUCCCUCAAAGGCACUCUCACCCAACGGCAAAUUCGGUAUGCUCUCUCCGAACCGUCUCAGUAUCACUCCAGGCCAGAACUUGAAGCUCCUCACUGAGAAAGUGAUAUUCCUCCCACUGGAACUACCGGAUUCCCCACCGAAACCGAUCGACCAGAUGUUCCCCAUACAGGAACCAAGAAGUGUUGGUCGUAUCUAUGUUUUCGAGACGUACCGACGUAGUAGCACUUUCAGUGUCUUGACAUCCGACGAUUUGGUAAUCAUCCAACUCUCAGAGGCAACACAAACCAUUGAGAUUAGCUCCACCAAGAUGUGCAGACACAUUCUCCAAACGUUUGAGAGUAUCCUCGAAUCCUAUCCGGACAUCCAAUACAAAGCAUUCGUACCAUGUUCACACUGUAUCGAUUCGAAACGUCCUGAAAACCAUCUCUUCCCACUGGAACAAGUGGAAUCUGCAGUGGUCAAAGGUAAAUCCUAUCUCUCAUGUCCAACCACUGGUUCCGUACCCAUUAAACUCAAUCAAUUAGUACCUGAUUUAACAAUGUCUGAUCUUAGACAUAAAUUAAUUGAUUUUAAUGAAGUACAAUUGGAAAGUGAACCAAUUGGAGAAGGUGGAAAUUCAACAGUCUACAAGGGCGUUUGGAGAAAUAAUAUUGUUGCCGUAAAGAUGCUUCAGACCGAUAAUAUUGGUAGUAGUUUUACAAAGGUAUUCUCUGAAUUCAGAAGGGAGAUUUUCAUUAUGAGUUCUUUCUAUCAUCCGAAUAUUCUGGAUCUCAAAGGAUUCUGUUUGGAACCGCUCUGUAUUAUCACAGAGUUUAUGAGUGGUGGUAAUCUCUACGAUUAUCUUCACAAUCUCAACUACCCACUCGAUUGGAAACUAAAGAUAAAGAUGGCCAAAGAGAUUGCCGGCUCGCUACAGACACUCCACGAUUGCAAACCCUCGGUUAUCCAUCGUGAUUUGAAGAGUCCGAAUAUCCUGUUGUCUUCGCGCGACCCCGACAACAUGUCGUGCCAACUCUGUGACUUCUCACUCACUGGAUUCUCUACGAGUUUGUCGUCGCGUGCCGUCGAGAAUCCCGUGUGGCUGGCACCAGAGGUGAUCGCCAAGGAGAGUUGCACCGACAAGAGCGACGUCUACUCGUACGGUGUCAUCUUGUUUGAGUUGCUUUCGCGUCAACACUUUUUCGAGGGAAUCAGCUUCAUGAGCAAUCUCGAGCAAAUGAUCUGCGAUGGCAUUCGUCCGCAGCUCCCGACCCACUCGAUCCCCGAGUACGACUCACUCCUGAACGCCUGUUGGAAUCAAGAUCCUUCGCAACGUCCGAGUUUCGCAGAGAUUCAGAAACGUUUGGAUUUGAUAGAGACAAUCAUUGAGAUGAGUAAUCCAGAUCCUCCAAUUCCAUAUAAUUCAACAGGAAUUAAAACAACAACUACUACGACAACUACUACCACCACCUCGUGUGUAUCACAAACACCAACACCAAUGCAAACACCAAGAGCAAUAACCACCUCAAAUGACGUACAAACAACACCAUACAAAGCACCACCACAACAAACAUCGAAAUCCAACAAUCAAAUCACAAUAACAAUCUCACAAACCGGUAGCAGUUACCCAACAACACCGAGCCAAAACAGCUCAGUCGUCUCUACACCAACUAUAAUUAUGACUCCUGUACAAAUGGAAACAAACAGUAAUAGUAGCAGUAGUAGCGAAGAAGAAAUACAUUUAUAA